UUGUCAAACAAAUGCAUGUGCUAGAGCAUGCAAACCAUAUCCACGCGGAAGCCGACUAACUUUGACAGCAUCAGAAAUUAAUUCUAGCUUGCAAACAUCAUAAAAAGUGCUUCAAAUAUUAAGAAAAAAUAAUAAUCGGUAAAUAAAAACACCGCUUGUAUUUGUAGUGUAUAAAACAAAGUAACUAACUUGGAAGCUAAAGCAAUUCGUGCCAGGGUCACAGCGCCGGUCAAAUUUUAUUGCGAAUAGUUGGAUAAAAUCGCAUCGUUUCUAGACCAUUCUUCCUGUUAAACUAAAAACACUGCCGCACUAUCAACAUGUCACACACAAUUCUGCUCGUGCAGCCGGCUUCCCGUCCUGAAACUCGCACUUACAGCGACUAUGAAACUGUCAACGAAUGCAUGGAAGGUGUUUGCAAAAUCUAUGAAGAACACCUGAAGAGGCGCAAUCCCAACACGCCUACAAUUACAUACGACAUAAGUCAACUCUUUGAUUUCGUUGACCAGUUGGCUGAUAUCAGUUGCCUCGUCUAUCAAAAAUCGACAAAUACGUAUGCACCAUAUAACAAGGAGUGGAUCAAGGAGAAGAUUUAUGUGCUGCUACGACAUGCAGCUGGCAAUUCAGACUGAUGUGCUAAACUAAAAGCUAAGGAGCUGAUAGCGAACGUUAACGCGGAUAACUAAUGAGGGUAAUAUCGGUUCUAUAACAAGAAACUACAAAUAUUUGUAAAUUAUUGUAAAAUGAAUGAACUACAUAUUUAACUUUCCGUAAACUCUAAAGAUUGCGUUCACAUCUUCUACUAUAGCAGUAAAUUCAAGUUUUUCAUGUCAAAAUUUAGGAUUUAAAUUUUAUUAAUUGAAAGAACACAACAGAAUUAAACACUUAUUUAAUUUCAUACAUAUGUAUGUCGAACUUACAGAAAACAUAAUUGACAAGAGCACUAUUUUGUAUUUUUGCUACAGCAUUAAACUAAAUAUUUACAUAUGUAUGUAAUCAUAUGUUCACGAAAAAUAGUUUUCAUACAAAUAUUCUGCAGCAGUGCAAAAUGCAAGGCGCCAAUCAAUCGGAAAGCAGUUUUAGGAACAAAACGUACUGAACUUUCAUAUAUUCUGAAACUUCGAUUUCUGGCAAUAACAUCUUAAUUAAAAUUAGCAAUAAGAUAGCAUUAAGUUUUUCUUGAAAGUUACGUUUGAAGGAAAUGCAAAUCUGUGUACAUAAAUAUUGUAAACUGACAAUUCAGUUACUUAUGUAAACGGAAGCCAUUGGAUGUGUAUACUUUAAAAAAAAUAAAUGAUAUAAAAGUAACUUACAUAGA